AUGCGUCCGGGCUUGCUCAAACGGGCACAUAGCCAUAACAAUCGCCAGUCAUUCAGUCAUUUGCUACACACGAGAGGCAACUCGCCUCAUCCCCAUCCUGACACUGUCUCCGGUUACAAACAGAUCGAGGAAGAGACUCUCCCCAAGUACAAUGCAGACCAUUUUUAUCCAGUUCGGCUCGGUGAUGUUUUGAAUGACCGCUAUAAAAUCCUCGUCAAGCUGGGCUUUGGCAUGACAGCAACGGUCUGGCUGGCCAAAGAUCUACACGCUGAUCCGCAUUCGGGGAAUCGAAAAUAUGUGACGAUAAAAAUCAACGUCAACACUCUGAGCGAUGAGUUUCUGAAGGGCCGACGCGAAAUCGCCCAGAAGCUGUGUUCAGCAAACCCCACGCACCCCGGUUACAACCAUAUUCGAUUCAUGCUCGAUACCUUCCGCGUCAAGGGCAAACAUGGCGAACAUCUCUGUAUCGUCUACGACGUCCUCCGGGAACCCAUCGACAUCUGCAUGGAAAAAUUUCCCGGGCGGCGAUUCAGCUCUGACAAACUCCGCAAGUUGAUACCUGCUCUACUCCACGGCCUCGACUACCUCCAUACCGAGUGUCGCGUGGUGCACACUGAUCUGAAAGCUGACAACAUCAUGAUGGGGCUCGGUGACCCCACGAUCCUCGACCGUUUUGUUCAGCAUGAGAUGGAACAUCCAUCGCCGCGCAAAUUGCCCGACUCGCAUGGUCGAAUCAUAUACACGUCUCGCAGCGAUUUUGGCGAAGCUCCGACGGAUGCGGUCAUAGCAUCGGCCAAAAUCACCGACAUUGGUCUUGCCACUUGGGGUGAUGUGAAGAACACAAAGCCCAUACAAUCCAACGCAUUCAUGGCUCCUGAAGUCAUCUUGCAAUGUGGAUGGUCGUAUCCGGCCGACAUCUGGAAUCUGGGUGUGAUGUUGUGGGAUCUAAUCGAGUCCUUCGGUCUGUUCGAUGCCAUUGAGACGGGGCCCGGCCAUUACCACCCUGAUCAACAUUUGGGUCUUAUGAUCGCCCUUCUGGGGCCCCCACCGAAAGAACUCCUCAAACGUGGAGCCAAAACGUCCAAUUACUUCGACUCUCAAGGCGAAUUCAAGCACCCUGACUACGUGACAGAUGAUAUCACAUUUGAAUCGUCGAUUUCACGAAUGAAAGGGGAAGAAAAGGAGUUAUUUAUUGAUUUCGCUAAGAAGAUGAUCAUGUGGCUACCCGAAGAACGGUGGACGGCGAAGCAACUACUUGAACACCCUUUCUUGACCAAAGAAAGGGAAUGUGCCGUGCCGAAUCCAAGUUUGAGUCGUGCGUCGACCGCUUCGUUCAACUCCAUAAUCCCGUCAGGCAUGGCAACGCCGGGUCCGUCAGUGACAUCGGCAGCAACCUCCGCGCGCACAUCGAAGAAUCUGGAGAAAGUUCCUUCGCACACCUCGAUGGCGCAUCUAACCGAGGCCGCUCUCGUGGAAGAACCCUCAAAGUCCUCCACAACCAAUGAUACGUCGACAACCUCAAAUCCCUCCACCACCAAUGAUACGUCGACCGCCUCAAAUCCUUUCACCAAUGAUACGUCGACCGCCUCAAAUCCCUCCGCCAAAAAUGAUAUUUCGACAAUGACACUACCACACCAUCUUAAAAAGGAAGACCGAACUGUGAGCGGAAGUGGACGCCAUCCAAUACCGAACGCAAAUAAGUGUUCUCAGGAAUUGAUUGAUGCGAUUCUCAACAAGGGAAAAGAACAUCACCACACAGAGACAAAAUGA